ACGCGAAUGCGCCCAUCUUCCUUUUUAGUAUCCGCCACUGUGUCGUUAGUGGUGCGGAUUAUAAGUUCAUAGAAGUUUUGACUGAAACUGGGUUUUCAGUGACAAUUAGACACCAACCAUGACGAGCACAGACAAGAAGAAGUUACCGCAGGUACCCGAAUCCAUCCUUAAGAAGCGGAAGCAAGUAGCCGAGCUUAAGGCCAAGCGCCUCCAGAACAAGCUUCAGAAUAAGAAAAGAAACAAGGCAAAGAGAGUGGAGUACUUCAAACGCGCUGAGCAGUACGUCAAGGAGUAUCGCACCGCAGAGAAGGAUGUCAUCAGGCUGACGAAGCAAGCGCGCCUUAAAGGCAACUUUCAUGUACCAGCCCAACCAAAGGUUGCUUUCGUAAUGCGCAUUCGCGGAAUCAAUGGCGUUCACCCGCGUGUAAGGAAGACGCUGCAGCUGCUGCGUCUGCGUCAGAUCAACAAUGGCGUCUUCGUGCGUUUGAACAAGGCUACCAUCCAGAUGCUGCGCAUUGCUGAGCCGUACAUUUGCUGGGGCUAUCUAAACCUAAAGAGUGUACGAGAUCUCGUCUACAAAAGAGGCUUUGCAAAGGUUAACAAAUGCCGGGUACCAAUAAUCGCCAAUGCGGUUAUUGAGAAGUCUCUUGGCAAGUUGGGCAUCAUCUGCAUUGAGGACAUUGUCCACGAGCUCUUUACCGUUGGUCCCAACUUCAAGCAGGUGAGCAACUUCCUGUGGCCAUUCAAGCUGAACACACCAACUGGUGGCUGGCGCAAGAAGGCUAACCACUUCGUUGAGGGUGGAGAUUUCGGCAACCGCGAGGACAUGAUUAAUUCUCUUCUGAGGAAGAUGAUCUAAUUGUGGCAUAUAUUGAAAUCUAGAUGGAACGCGGAAAAAGAUGGUUGCUGUAACGAUGUUGGUUAAAAUAAACCUGCUAUAUCGUUAAGAGAUA